ACGAAUAGCAACCCUAAAAAUUGAAUAGUCUAAUACCCACUGCCAAAAAUCAAAAGACCUGCACCCAGAAGCCUUCGUCCUUCAUUACUGCAACCGCCACCGCCUUCUUCAUUCGCCACCACCACCGUUGGCAUCUUCCUCUAUCGCUAGUGGGUUUUGAGUUUCCUCAAGCAGUGAGCUACAUAAUGAUGAUAAUUGUUGCAGCAUUGAUUCUUGGUGUUUGUUUGGGAGCUCUAGUUUUAGUCCCACGUGACAGAAAUGUACAAAAGGUCCAAUUAAAAGCAAAUAAGCCAUCAAAAGUCUACAGUAAAGCUGAGGUCUCGGUUCAUAACAAGAGAACAGAUUGUUGGAUUAUUAUCAAGAACAAGGUGUACGAUGUUUCCUCCUAUGUAGAUGAACAUCCGGGGGGAGAUGCCAUCCUAACACAUGCUGGGGACGAUGCUACCGAAGGGUUUUACGGACCACAACACGGAACCAGAGUCUUCGACGUGGUUGAAGACUUCUGCAUUGGAGAUCUGAGGCUGUAGCAUCCAAAUAACAUUUGGCUUUGCACAAUAACUUAGAGGAUGUGUUUAUAUUCGAGAUCUCGAAUUCGAAGUGUCAUUUCAUGGAGGAUAUACGCGUAUUUGUAACAUCUAUAUACUGUACACACUAGUUUAGAUCACAUCUCUUUUGAAUUUGAACUCUUAGACUUUUCAUUUUAGUGUUUGAUGUACUGAUUGAAAGUGAGAGACUUUACGUAGUAGCCUUGUUUGAUGCACUUUUGAACUAAACUCUUGAAGUUUCAUUUGCA